GAGAGAAGUAAUAAACUCCGCAGUAUUUGUGACACUGUAUGAAAGUCAUUCCACGUAAGAUGACUGGUUUGGUGGCGAGGUGUAGGAGUGCUAUGGUAAGGAUGUGUAUCCAUUUAUACCUAGACUUCGCGUGCUCAGUCGUAAGAGGAUCACAUCAAGACGGCAGCUCCCCGCUGAUAACAAAUUAAUGAAAAAGUUUCUGUCAGGUAUCAAAAAUUAGGUAAGCACUGCCCAUAAAUAAGGAUUACUGAUUUAUCUACCGUUAGUCUAGUCCCGAUACGGGACAUGGAUUUUCCUCAAUAUCACUCAAAUAUACCUGUCGGCAUCAUAAGUACAUAUUUCCCUGCUUAUUUGUACGCAAAAGGCAUGAGAUAAAUAACAAAAUCAAUUUUUAUUUUCAUUUUUGAAAGUUUGUUUUCUGUAGCAAUAUAGUAUGGUAUAUUACCAUUAUUCUUAUGACCGGCCGUACUUUCAGGUAUAUAUAUGUAUGAUAAGACAUACAUAAUGUAUACUCAUAAUUUAUCAACAGUGUUAGAGUGUUGCAAUAAAAAUUCAAAUAAUCAAAUGUUGGUUACUGAUUUAACGUCAGUUUUUUAUGCUUACAUUAUAUUAAAAAUAUACCAAGUAAACAUAAAACAUUCAAUACAUACACAUGUACAUCUGUAUAGAUAAUUCUUUUUUAACUUUCAGAAAGCAUGCUAGUUUUGGUCUCUGUUGAAUGGGAUCUUGUCACACGUGACAGCAUUGCACGUUUAUGGAUUUGUCAUCUGAGUGAAACAUUGCGUAAUCGCAUGCAAGGCGUACUGUUCGUUCUAUCGGCUUAUCGAACAGCUAUGAAAGGACAACGUAUUGACAAUAGUGAUUAAUUAUGGUACGAACACACGUAUUAAUCUUUAACGGAAUAUAAACAUUUGUCUGAUCAUCCUUUCAUUAUCAGUAAAGGUGAGCGAGCGGUGGAUGGUAUUCAUUGACAGACAUUUCCUGACAAAGGGAGUUGGAAUAUACUUCGAGUGAAAUUAUAAACAAUGUAUUCAAACUCUGGUGUUGGUUCAUGCAUCUAGAUACAAACAAAUGACGUGAAUGCGAUUCUUAGCCAAAAUUUUGUAACAGAUGGUUUCUGAUUUGUGGCAGAUUAAUCUGACAAAUCGAUUCCGAGGUUCAAAGAUAAAAAUCUAAUUCUAGUAGCAUUUAUAAGUGUUUCUUAAAGUGCGAUGGCAAGGAGGACGGAUACUGUUAUAUUAUCAGUUGUGGAGGAGGUGACUACCAUUAACACUACCACUUCGCAUGUCUUUGAUACGUACGACUAUUACAUCCAUCCUCACUGGAGACAUUACCCUGUUGUGUCCGAUAAUUGGCACUACUUCGUCGGACUCUUUAUCACUGUAGUCGGUAUCAGUGGUGUCAUCGGAAAUAUGGUUGUCAUUUGGAUGUUCAGUUCUACAAAGACUCUGAAAACACCGUCAAACAUGUUGAUAGUGAAUCUGGCCCUAAGCGAUCUCACGUUCUCGGCUGUAAACGGAUUCCCUUUACUAACUAUCUCGGCCUUUAAUAAACGUUGGGUUUUCGGUGAUGCUGCCUGUGAGUUUUAUGGACUCAUUGGUGGAAUUUUCGGUCUAAUGUCUAUUAACACUCUCGCCAUGAUUUCUAUUGACCGAUUCAUCUGUAUCACCAGACCUCUUCAAGCAGCCAGGAUAAUGACUAGAAAAAAAGCGUUUCUAAUGAUAGUGAUCGUAUGGUCUUGGGCUAUUGGAUGGUCACUUCUUCCGCUUUUUGGUUUAGGAGCGUACAUUCCCGAAGGUUUUCAAACUUCCUGUACAUUUGACUACCUCACCAAGACAACAUCAAAUAGAAUUUAUAUCGUUGGAAUGUAUGUGUUUGCGUUCGCGUUACCACUAGUGAUAAUCAUAGGUUGUUAUAUUGGAAUUCUGAAAGCAAUCAGAAAACACGCCAGAGAAAUGGCCAGCAUGGCAGACAAAAUGAAUGCUGAAGAAGCAGAUAAAAAAGAAAAAUCAAAAACAGAGAUAAAAAUUGCUAAAAUUGCGAUGAUGCUAAUAUCGCUUUUCAUUUUGUCGUGGAGUCCGUAUGCUACUAUAGCCUUGAUGGCACAGUUUGGAGACCCGUCUUUCGUUACGCCCCUCAUGUCGGAGCUUCCUGUUAUGUUAGCUAAAGCGUCUGCCAUGCACAACCCUAUAGUGUAUGCACUCAGUCAUCCAAAGUUCCGCGAAGCCUUAAUGAAGAAAGCUCCUUGUCUUUUAUCGUGUUGUAUGCCAUCAGAUAAACCUAAUAACGACAACAAAGCACCAGUACCACCAAAACCCGUGAUGCAUCGACAGCUCACACAAACUUUUAGUGACGCUAGUAUGUCAAGUAUUCAGACCAAUCUCAGUGAAGGUUUCGAGAUGAAGACACCGAGGGAACAAUGGGCUAAUUCCGCUGAUAUGGUUCGCCAACUUGUCGGGGUUAUUGUUUGCAUGGCAACCAAGAAAAGUACUGACCAACCGGUCGUUCUUCCCCAAUCUGGCAGCGCACCAAUCAAUGAGGCCGGACCAUCUGCGGAGGAAUCUGAAGAAGGUGUGUUCACCGUGAAUGACGGAAGUCUUGACCUUGUGGCAGCAGCAGGUGCUUUGAUUAAUGCUUUUGGAUCUGAUUCUAAGUCUGAGGCACCCAUGGAGGAAGAAGGGGAAGUCACUCAAUCAGGUACAGACAAUCCCGCAUUCGAGCCGGAAGAAAAAGACACAGAGGUUUGAUUUAAGUCUGAGACGUCGCCACGUGACGUAAUAAAUCAAUGACAAUUCCUUCAUAUGAAUAAUGAUACGAUUUAUAUUAAGAAAUAUUUCAGAAAAAUGAAACAUUGUCCUAUCUAAUUCUCAUUUGUUUAUCUGCGUUUAACGACACAUGACGUUAUAAAUCAAAGACAAUUCCUUUAAGGGCAUACAAAUAUAGUUUCAGAUUAAGAAAUAUUUCAGAGAAAUACAACAGAUUUCUUCUUUUUCUAGUUGGCUGAGUGUCAGUCAGUUAAUGAUUAUUAUAAGACUAUAGAAAGGUUUUAUGAUGUAGUAAUAGUCCAGAUCAAAUGAAGUCUUGUGGUACUGCAAACUGUAUAGUGUAGAGGCGAAUACCAUUGUGUCAAUCUUCUGAAACGUUGUCACUAUUUAUUAAAAGGGAUACUUAUGGCGUAAAGGUUAAUGGAAAAAGUCGGGGACUUAAUAAGGCUAGCAUUGGCAUCUGAAUUGCCAAUAUAGUUUUCAUCUUUUAUUAAUUUAUUCUGAGAAAAAGAAAAUUUCUUAAAUCAACUGAUUCUUGAUUAUUACAUUUUCUCAUUUAU